AGUAGCUUAUGUAAGGAUAUGCUUCAUAGCAGUUGUCAGCUUCUGGUAGCUGAAUCAAAUGAUAAUGAGAGUUUGGGUCAGUGAGAACUGGCAGGCAUUUUGACUAUGAAAGCUUGCAUCCAACACAUGGGGACUUUCCAACAGAGGACGAUAAGAAAUAGCAAUGUGGCUGAAUUUUCCCCUUCCAGGUGCACUAGUCAGUUGCACAAUGCCAUUGUCCUGACUACUCAACUAAUGCUGCACAGACCAAAGAUAACUGGGAUUUUCCUGAUAAUGUGAGGACCUCUAGAAAUAUGCCUGUGACAAGAAUGCGUAUGAGACCCUGGCUGGAAUUACAGAUAGAUUCUAAUGUAAUUCCUGGAUUGACUUGGAUUAAUAAGGAAUGUAAGAUGUUCCAGAUUCCAUGGAAACAUGCAGCCCGACAUGGAUGGAAUAUGGAAACAGAUGCCAGUCUUUUCAGAAACUGGGCUAUACAUACAGGGAGGUUCAGACAAGGAAUAGAUUUACCAGAGCCUAAAACAUGGAAAGCUAAUUUUCGUUGUGCCAUGAAUUCACUGCCUGAUAUAGAGGAAGUGAAGGAUAAGAGUGUCAAUAAAGGUUCCAGUGCUAUUCGAGUGUACAGAAUGCUUCCACCUCUUGACAGAUCAAAGCAAAAAGAAGAGAAGUCUAGGUCAUCCAAAGAUUCAAAAAGCAAGAGUAGGAAAAGGGAGAUUAAGUCAAAGGUCAAACUAAAAGUACAAGAAUCUGCUGCACCUAAACUACCAGUUGAUCACACCACAUACACUGCACCAGAACAAUGUGCUGCACAGGAAAUGGUGGUUGAUAGCACAGUUAGCAUAGGAGAAUUCUCUCCAUCGGAAUCAUGCUCAGCGGCAGACCAACUGGCUGAUUGGACUAUCAGUGGAAUGGUAGGAGAAUCUGAAGAUCAGGUGGUCAGCACAUGUGAGCUGUACCCAUUUCAGAUCUCUCCCAUGCCCUCUCCUGCAGCCAGUGCAGCAGACGGCUUCCUCAUAAAAGAUGACGUUGCUGAGAUUGCAAAUGAAAUAAUUCAAGAACCCAGUCAAUGGGAGCAUAGUAACAUUGAAGGGAAAGGUUAUUUCAGCAACGUAAUGGGAACUUGCUUCGAGAGUGACGCUAAAUCAAGUGAGCAAGGAACAAUAUCACACGUGGCAUUCCAGGAUGGCAGUUCGUCAGAUUCAGCAGGCGAAUUUGAAUUCAGAUUUCAUACAGACCUCAGAGAAGCAGACCUUGUGAACUGGCUCGACUCAGCAAACUGGCCAGCUGGAUCUCUCAUCAGUUGCAUUUGAAUUAAAACGGUGAUGCAAUAGAGUGGGGUGCACUAUGUGAAUAGAAUUUUAUUUCCUCUUCUGUAUUUUGUUACCAUUGAGACUUUCAACUUGUCACACCAGCCAUAUCUGCAAGAUUUCAUCUGCCCCCGUGAGAACAGACCUUUGAAGACAUGCUUGUGGAACUGUUUUAAAAGACCACCUGUUUGGGUCAUGCUUGAAGGGUGCAAACAAUGUCUACCACACAGGGAAGCCAAUUUUAGUGAGGCCAAGAAUAUUCUGUUUUGUGACUGAGCACCAUACUUAACAUGUUUGCUGCUAUGUGAAACCAAAUACUUUUAAUUAUUCAUCUAGUUAUGUUACCCUCUGUUCAUUUAACCAAGAGGACAUUUUUAACUCUCACAUAUACAAGAAAUUAAGAUAAGGGGCUAGCAAGUCAAAAGUAUUUCAGAAACAAAUUAGAUAUUGUCAACUAGCAUUAGACUUGUCUGCAAUGUGGCAUUCUCAUGGCAAAAAAGAAAGCGAUUACAGACAUUUUUUUGUUUAACUGUAUAUAUGUAUUAAAGUAUAAAAUUCUUGCAAUCUUAAAUAUGCUCAUUUCUCUAAAGUCAUGAAAGGAAGCCAUCAACUAAAAACACUGAAGAAAGAAAGGAGCAUUACUAAGUAUAUAAUAAUUGCUACCACAACCGUUUAUUCAAUGUAAAAAUAAUGUACAUAUUAUUUGCCAAAAAAUGCUUCAGCUAACACUGGAAAUUGAGUUGCUUUGGAAGUUAUGCUGUAGUGUCUAUGUUGUGCAGGAGUAGAUGACUCACAGAUGACUUUUGUAAGCCAUGCAGAUUGUGAUGACCAGAUAUAUAACUUGAAUGUUUUUUUUCCAUUAUCUCUUCAAAUGUGUCUUCAAAAAUAGUUUUUUAAAAAUGUUUAUAAAUAACAUUGAUUUUGAUGUUUUGUUCAAAAUUUCUAGUUGUGAAUAUAUUUUAGAACUUGUAUAUUUCUAAAUAAUUUCUGUUGUUUCAUUAGUGCUUAAAAUAUACUUUUGAUAAAUAAUAAAAAAAAUUGAUACGUAA